AUGCUUGGAUUAACUGGAUCAUACUUAUCAAAAGAAUUUUUCGAUUUGGCUAAAUCUAUAGGAGAAACUCGUUCUAAACAAGAGGAAGAUAGGAUUAUUUGCAAUGAAAUUAUUUUAUUAAAAUCAAGAUUUUCUGAGCCUAAUUCAUCGGUUAAACAAAUAAAAGAAUAUUUAAUUAGAGCUAUUUAUAUUGAAAUGCUAGGCCACGAUGCUUCAUUUGCUUAUAUUCAUGCAGUUAAGUUAGCUCAUGAAAAAAAUAUUUUAUGUAAAAGAACUGGUUAUUUAGCUUGUAAUUUAUUUUUGAACAAGGAUCAUGAAUUAAUGUUGUUAUUAAUUAAUACAAUUCAAAAAGAUUUAAAAAGUGAUAACCAUUUAGAAAUAUGGGCAGCUUUAAACUGUGUAUGUAAAUUAUUAAAUAAUGAAAUGAUACCAGCUAUAUUUCCAAUUAUUACAAAUUUGUUAAAUCAUAAAAAUGAAUUAAUAAGAAAAAAAGUAUGCAUGUUAUUGCAUAAAAUGUAUUUAAUAGACCCUUCAUUAAUUAAAGAGAUAGACAAUUAUUUAAAAAAAUUAUUAUGUGAUGUAGAUCCUUCAGUUAUGGGAGCUUCAUUAAAUUUAAUUCAUUGCAUAGCUAAAAGUGAUAUGACUUACUGUAUUAAAUUAGUACCAUAUUUAGUUUCUAUACUAAAACAAAUUACUGAAAAUAAAUUGCCAAGGGAUUAUGAUUAUCACAGAAUACCAGCACCUUGGAUACAAAUAAAAAUUUUAUCUAUUUUUCGAAUUUUAGGAUUUUCAAAUAAAAAAUUAUCUGAGCAGAUGUAUGAAGUAUUGCAGAAAACAAUGCAUAGGGCUGAUUUUGGUAUCAAUGUUGGAUAUGCUAUUAUUUAUGAAUGUGUUAAAACUAUUACAACAAUAUAUCCAUCUCAUCAUUUAUUAGAAUUGGCAUCUUUAUCUAUUUCUAGAUUUAUCUCAUCAGAUAAUCAUAAUCUUAAAUAUGUAGGGGUAACAGGGUUAGCUUUAAUAGUGAAAAUUAAUCCUAUGUAUGCAAGUGAACAUCAAUUGGCUGUAGUAGACUGCUUAGAAGAUAAAGAUGAAACACUUAAAAUGAAAACAUUAGAUCUUCUAUAUCAAAUGACAAAUCCAUUGAAUGUUCAAGUUAUAGUUGAUAAAUUAUUAUUUUAUAUGAAUAAUUCUCUAGAUAUUCAUUUUAAACAUGAUUUAGCUUGUAAAAUUAUUCAACUAAUUGAAAGAUAUACACCUGAUGAUGUUUGGUUUUUAAAUAAAAUUAACUCCGUGUUUUUAUCAGUAGGUGAAUUAUUAGAUGAAAAUUACUCCUAUUCUCUUAUUAAAUUAUUAAAAGACAGUUCUAUUUGUUUAGAUUCAGAUUCAGGUGACGAGAUUAUUAGAAAUGAAAUAAAUAACGAAAAUAAUAAUUCUAACAAUGUGAAUAUUGAAAAUUUGAAUAUUGAAGAUAUAGAAAAUAAAGAUAUUCUUAAUACAGAAAAGGGUUUAUAUGAUAUGAAUAAUAAUAAUUCAAAUGGGGAAUUAAAUAAUAUAAAUUAUGAUAUUAAUGAUAUUAAUUCUAUUAAAAGAGAUAAUAUAAAUGAUAUAAAGGAUGAUGUUAUAAAUAAUGAGGAUAAUGAAAUUAAUAAUGAGAGAAAUUAUAUAAAGAGUGAAAAUAAUAAGAAUAUAGAAAAUAACAAUAAUAGUUAUGAAUAUGAAAAAAGUAAUAACGAUUUACAUAAAAAAGAAUUGAAAGAAAAAAAAAAAAUUAAUGAUGAUAUAGAUAAUUUAAGGAAAUAUGCUGUUAAUACAUACAUAAGGUUAUUAGAAAAUAAUGAAAAUAUUCCAUUUAUUUUAAUGCAAAUUAUUUGCUGGAUAUUAGGUGAAUAUAGUUAUUUAUGCGAUUUAGAAAAUUAUACUGCAGAAGAUAUUAUUGAUUUAUUAUGUGAAUGUUUAGAAAAAAAUUUUAACAAUACAGAUAGAGUAAAAUCAUGCAUAAUAACAGCUAUUUUUAAAUUAUGUUGCUGUAAUAAUAUAACUGACCACGUAGUAGCAAACAAAUUAAUUGAGAAAUACAAAAACAGUCAACAAACUGAUAUGCAACAAAGAUGUUAUGAAUUUGAUUUAAUUUUAAAUAAUCCUACUUUAAUGAAAAAUUUAUUUUCUGUAAAAAGUAAGCAAAAUAUAGUUAUUGAUGAAAAUUUAUCCUUUUUAAAUCCAUUUAUAGAGAAACAUUUGAAAAAUGGAGGAAAAACAUACAUAACAAAAGAUUUAAGAAAAAAUGAAAGUCAAUUUGAGACAUCAAAAAAUACUAUUCCUGAACUAAAUUUUACUCCAUACGAAGUACCAAUUAAUGACAAUUUUCAUUUAGAUAAUUUAAAUACUUGUAAUAAUUCUGCAUAUGAAAAAGGUUAUCAUUAUGAUUCAUCUGUUAAUAUUUCUGCAAACGAUAAUUUCUCAAAUAUAAAAGAAAAAGAAAAACCUUUUAAACUUAAUGUAGUAGGACCAAAAAAAUGGAAAAAAAAAACAGAGAGAGAUGAAGAAAAAAAAAAGAACGAAAAUAAUUAUAAUGAAUAUAAUGGUAUUAUAGACUCAAAAAUUAAAUUGGAAAAAAUUGAGAUAGAGAAGAAAAUACGAAAAAGUACUAAUAUUGAAGAUGAUGAAGAAAAUUAUUACAAUAAUUAUAAUGAAGAAGAUUAUGGUGAAGAAAAAGAAGAAGAAGGUGAAGAUGGGGACAAUUAUUCAAAGGAAGAAAUUGAAAUUGAAAAUGAAAAAAAAAUGGACAGUAUAGAAGAUUAUAGUGAUAAAAAUUAUGAAAGAUUUGAUGAAAAUAUUAUUAACCAUCUAAAAGAAUAUGAAUAUCAUAAUGAUAAUCAUAACAACAAUAUAUAUAAUAAGCGUAGAAAUCCAUUUAGGUUGAAAAAAAAGAAUGCAAAUAAUGUAGUACAAAAUCAUGAAUUAACAGAAAAGGAAAAAAUGGCGGCUGCUUUAUUUAAUGGUUUAAUAUCGAAUAAUUCAUCAGAAAGUAACUUAAGAAAUAAUUAUGUUUCCAAUUUUUCAGAUAAAAAAGGAGUAGCUGUAUUAUCAAAUAGAAAUUAUUUUAAUGGUAAAUAUAAUAAUCAGGGUAUUGUAAAGAAAACAUAUUUUACUGAAAAAUAUUUAGAAAAAAUUCAAAGUAAAGAUGACACUGUACAUCAAAAUGAAAAAGUGAAAAACUCUUCUGGCUUAAUGAAUAAUAAUUUAAUUAGUUCAAGUAAACCAAGCGAAAUUAAAAGAAAAACCAUGUCUUUUGAUAUGUUAGAUUUAAAUGAGUCAUCUGAAAAUAUCGAUCAAAUACAAGGAAGUAAAGCAAAUAUAGAAGAGGAUAAAAAGCAGUGGAACUAUAUUAAUAUUCAAAAGAAAGCUAUUUUUUUAAAUACCGUUAAAUUAAAUAUAUUUCAGGCUAUUAAAGCAGUUGAGGAUAAUUUAAAAGCUAAAAUAGUAGAAGUUUCUGAAAAGGAGGCAUUUGUAUCAUGUUUUUAUCACAAACAUAAAGUUUUAAUAAAAAUAAAAAUAGAUAAUAAUAAAUUAAUUUUUUUAGUAAAAUCCGUUGAAAACAAUGUAAUUGACAACGUUCUUGAUAAUCUAAGAAAUUUGUUUCACGCAUAA